AUGCUUAAGGUGGCCCAACCCAGGACGAUCGUGGAGCUCCAGCAGAUCGAGAUCCACAGCUUGAGCGAGUGGAAGCGCAGCCAGACGGCCAGCCAGGCCAGCCCCUCGGCGGCGGAGUUGAAGGCACAAGAGGAGGCCAGCACCCAAAAGGCCACGAAGGUCUUGAAGAAAGUCCUCCACAAGCACAACUACCAGCGGGAGAAGCACGCAUUCGUGCAGGAGCGACGACCAGGCGGCGAGGUGAAGGCUGGCGAGGAUAUGAGCAACGCCAGGACUCAGCUCUUCCAGCGAAGUGCGCAGGCAUCACAGAGGUCCAAUGCCACCGGCAAGUCACGGGCAACAUCUCUUGACUCGGCCGUGUCCUCCAAGAUCCCCAUCGUGGAUGACGUUGUGGAUGUGGCUACAGAUGGCACGGGUCUGGUGGGCGACGCUUUGGGGGACGCGUACGAAGCAGCCGAGGAUCAGGUCAGCUUCGUCGCCAACACUGUCAUCGACUCGGUCGAGAUGGCUGUGGACAUCCUCCUCCGUGGCUUUACCGACUGGAAUGCUGGCUGUGAUGAGAACAGGUGGCCCUCCAUGUCUGUGGAUUCGAAUGGCCUGGACGUCGACUGGGGCCGGCAGAAGUGCUGGGUGAGACUCAUGGGCCAAACCUGCACUCUCUUCGACUUCAACUUCGGGACAACGGCUCUCAGCUGGCCGGAGCCACUGAAGACAGCAGUGGAAUUUGGCAUCAAGCCCAUCAAGGCCGUAUUUGGUUUGGGCAGAGAGCUGGUGCACUGUGCCACGAUUGAUUCCCCCGUCGAGCUGAUCAAGUGCUUUGGAUACAAGCUCAUCGAGGUCGUCCCUCCACUGAGCACCUUAAACCGUCUCAGCGACAUGCUGACUAACUUCAUUGAAGUCUUCGCCAAGAUCGCUGCUUCCGUCAUCCGCAAGGUGCUGGAGGACAAGCAAUCUCUGGUGCAGCAGGCCGCUGUCUCCAAAUUCCCGGCUGCUGGGUCAGCAGCUGUCGUCCACCACUCCAGCAAGAACCUCGUCAUCAAGACCCACGCGCAGCACCCGAAGCGGACCAAAUCCAAGCUCCCACGGGAACUGUCGGCAGCACAGGUGCGAACUGAAGGUGACGACGACGACGGUGGUGGCGCUCAGGGAUCCAUCAGCUUUGCAGUCCAUGACCAGGACGGCAACUAUGCGACAAAGCUGAUCACCCAGUUCAACGGCAAAGAGACAGACACGAGCUCUUGCUUGGCCUUUGCUCCAAAGAACAAGCACGGAAGCCACAACCAGGCGACGGAGUCGGACUGGCAGGUUAGCAACGAGGGUGACUUCAUUCAGCUGGAGCCCUGGGCAGUGCCCUGCGACAACUCGUGGAUGAAGGACCACUGGGACAAGUGGCAAGGCUAUUCCUUCUACACGUGGGAAAUGUCCAUUGAGAAGUGCGUGACCGUGAGCUAUGCACUUUCGAUGCAGCCCGUGCUCUCUUUCGUAGGUGGAAUGGAGUUUGACUUGAUGCCAGCACCCCUGGCCUCCCUGGACACCGUCGUUUGCUGGCCUGAUAAGCAACCUGGCGGCGUCGACCUCAGUGUCCUGCGUUCGGAGAUCCGCUCCGCUGGCGUCCUCCUUUUCAGCCGGACACUCCGCUUGACCAAGCGCUUUGGCGGCGGCACGGACUUUACCGACGAGAACACCUUCGGUGCUCAUGAGACCUGGCGCAACCCCAUUGGCAUCGCCACCGGCCAGCAUGCCGUCGAGGAUGACCGGACCUUGGAGCCCAUGGCUAGGACGUCCCUCACGCAGGGCAACCACAGCCUUAAAGCAUCGGAAGCCGGAGCAGAAAGCAGAGAACGCAUCCGUGGCACAGAGGACAGCGGCACGCUUGUCUGGGAGACGGACGUGGAGGACUUCCACCUGGCAUCCAUUGACUAUGGCCAGGACCUGAGCAUCAACAAAACAUCGGAAAAGCAUGGUGCAGCCGCCUUCAGCGCCUUGCAGGGCGAGGAUGGAAAGGCAGACUACUUUCAGCUGUUCAGCUUCAAGAACCCGGGCAUGGCGAGCUUUGAAGUCCAAGGGCUGCUAGAAGACAACAGCCUGGAGCUUGGCAUGAAGGUGCGUUUUGGCCCCUUCGAGUCGCCGGAGAAGAGGAUUCCGUUGAUCAACAUCGUCGACCAGUUCUCCAUCGUGUUGACAGCCCUGCCUUUCGUGUCAGUCGACACGAAGAUGAAGGCUCUUGCUUCCCUACGAGGCUUCACAAAGAACGACAUGGAGAAGGUGGCAGAGCCGGUGCCGCCUCCGGCUUUGAGACCAGGAAGCAUGAUCGCCCUGUACAGCAAGAAGUGGAAGCGGUACCUCCGCAUGAACGACCAGGCAGACCUGGAUGGAAGCGGCACCAGAGAGCUCGAGGAUGGUGUGCCCGACGAUUGGUCAUGGGAGCGCUUCACCGUGGUGGACGGCGGAAAUGGCCAGAUUGCUUUGCACAGUUCCAAGUGGAAUCGCUUUGUGAAGAUGGCAGACGAUGAGAUGACAGCGAGCGCCGUCAAGGCUGCUAACCUUCUUCCUCCGCCAAAUGUCUGGACAUGGGAGCGCUUCACCGUGGUCUACGUCGGCGACGGUGAAAUUGCCUUGCACAAUUCUCUCCACAACCGCUACAUCCGCCUCGGCAACAAUGGCCAUGUCGACAGCAGCAGCACUCGCAGCAUCGCCGAUGGUGUGCCCGACGAUUGGUCCUGGGAGCGCUUCACCGUUGUGGAAGUAAAGCCCUACUUGAAGCCAGGCUCUGUGGUUGCCCUGCACAGUGCCAAGUGGAACCGUUUUCUGCGCAUGAACAACAACGCCGACAUGGACCGCAGCAGUGAAAAGGCAGUCAAUGAACUACCGGAUGGUUGGAGUUGGGAGCGCUUUCGAGUGGUGGAUGGCCAAAACGGGCAGGUUGCCUUGCACAGUGCCAAGUGGAACCGCUUCAUCAAGAUGAACGAUGAAAACAUGGAGGCAAGCAUCAUCAAAGCUGCUGACGACCUACCCCCGCCGACCGAGUGGACCUACGAGCGCUUUGCGGUUGUGCCCGCAGGGAACGGGGAAAUCGCUCUGCACAACACCUUGCAUAACCGCUUCGUCCGCAUGACGGACCAGCAUGUGGACGGCAGUGGCCACAAAAACGCACAGGAUUUGCCAAGCAACUGGGACUGGGAGCGGUUCCGCGUUGUGGAGGUCUCCGACCUUGGCACGGAUGAAGACGAUUCCGGCUGGUCCUUCCAAGCGAGAUAA